AUGGCUGCACGGGAUACCGAUCAGAAACGAUCGGUGCUGAUUCUGUAUGGCACAGAGACUGGCAAUGCGCAGGAGGUGGCGGAGGAGCUGGGUGCUAUGACAGAACGGCUUAGAUUUGCGACGCAUCUAUCGGAAAUGAACCAGGCUAAACCUGAUGCGCUUUCGUCGUACACUCUUACUAUUCUCGUGGUUUCGACGACUGGACAAGGUGACUUGCCAGCCAAUGCCAGAUCGUUUUGGAAGUCGCUCUUAUUGAAGAAGCUACCGCCAACAUUUCUGAAUGGAGUCGAUUUUGCGGUGUUUGGAUUGGGAGACACCUCGUAUCCUAAGUUUAAUUGGGCAGCUCGGAAACUGUACAAGCGGCUGCUGCAACUUGGUGCAAACGAUAUUUACCCAACUGGGGAAGCAGAUCAGCAACAUCCUGAAGGUCUUGAGGCCACCUUCAUACCAUGGAUGACAGGUUUCAAAAAACAUCUGAUGGACAGGCAUCCACUUCCGCUUGGCCAGCAUCCUAUUCCUGAUAAUGUCCAAUUGCCUCCAAAAUGGGUAUUGCAAUGCGAUUCAUCUGCGAAUUCCUCACCAGCGGUAAUACCUCAGGCCCAAGGACACUUGACUGCAUCAGAUGGCUCUUCUGGACCAACUCAUCUGGAUCAUGAUAUCCGGCCUCUCCCCGAGACAAUGACGGCAACCUUGGUCCAGAAUGAGCGUGUCACACCGCAGAAGCAUUGGCAAGACGUCCGCCGGAUAAGUCUCACUGUGCCGGAGUUUUCCCAGUACUCACCUGGUGACAUGAUCGCCAUAACGCCCAAAACAUCGCCUGCGGAUGUUCAGAGCUUUAUCGAUCUGAUGGACUGGGGUGACCAAGCCGACAAACUUGUCACUCUGCGCGCGGCAGGAAAUAUCCUUGGCCCAUCACCUAUACCCGGCUUGGAGGCCUACCCCAACCUCACCCUUCGCUCUCUCCUAAGAGACUAUCUUGAUAUCAAAGCCAUUCCGCGACGGUCCUUUUUUUCCUCUAUUGCCCACUACACAGAGGACAGCAUGCAAAAGGAGCGACUUCUGGAAUUCACCAACCCCGAAUAUAUCGACGAGCUGUGGGACUACACGAGCCGGCCGCGGCGCAGCAUCCUCGAAGUUUUGCACGAAUUUGAUACUGUCAAAAUCCCUUGGCAGCAUGCAGUGUCCGUUUUACCCAUCAUGCGAGCUCGUCAGUUCAGUAUAGCAAGUGGCGGAGAGCGCAAACGAACAAAGGAUGGCAAGACACAAUUUGAACUUCUCAUUGCGAUUGUCAAGUACCAGACUGUCAUCAAACGAAUUCGCGAGGGUGUAUGCACCAAAUACCUCUCGACGCUCCAACCUGGAAGUACUCUACGCAUUCAAUUACAGUCGGGUGGGCUCAAUUCAUCUAUACAACAGCUCACGGGCGCGACAGUCCUCAUCGGGCCAGGCACCGGUAUCGCUCCUCUUCGUUCCAUGCUAUGGGAAAAGGCAGCUCUGAUCCAAGCGUUUCGGGAGCAGAACCCGGGUGUUGGACCCCCGGUCGGCCCUACGGUUCUUCUCUACGGAGGGCGUAAUCGCACCGCGGAUUUCUUCUACGACGAAGAGUGGGAGGAGCUGAGCAAAGUAAUUCCUCUUCAGGUGCUGACUGCCUUCUCGCGUGAUCAGCAACAGAAAUUCUAUGUCCAGGACGUAGUUCGACAGAAUCUCUCACUGUUCUAUCGCAUGCUGCAUGACCUGCAAGGUUCUGUCUAUAUCUGUGGCUCUUCUGGCCGUAUGCCGCAAGCUGUGCGAGAAACACUCAUUGAAGCGUUCGCAGAGGGCGGUACACCCGAGACUGGUCAAGCAUUCACUCGAGCUCAAGCAGAAGAAUACCUCGUCGGGAUGGAGAAGAGUGGACGAUACAAACAAGAAACGUGGUAG